UAUAAAUUGAUAAAUAAUGCCUAGAAAAAGACCUUUGAAUCCUAUAAGUGAGCGAAAAAGACGUCAAGCUGCUAAACGAGAAAAGAUAAGACAGCAAAGAGAAAAAGAUUUUGAGCGUGCAGUACAAGAUCUGUUGGAUUUCCAUCCAGGUUUAUCUGAAGAAGAGCGUCGUUUCUACAUAAGGGCAUAUCCGAAUGUUGAUCUGGUGCGAGAGCGCAAGGUGCAUUGUACUAUUUGUAAGAUGCAUAUCGGCACUGCCCCAAUCCAAGAAGAUAUCAUCAAAAUGCAUCCGGUGCUGCGUGUAACACACUGCACCAAAUGUCAUGAUUUCUACAAUAGCGGUGAAUUCAGUAAAGGCGAGGAUGGCUCAGAGCUAUAUUGCCGCUGGUGUGGGCAAGGCGGAGAGGUUUAUUGCUGCUCAAGCUGCCCUUAUGUGUUUUGCAAGUCAUGUAUCGUUAAGAAUUUGUCUCGCGGUGUUGUAGCCGACAUUGAACAAAAUGAAAAUUGGAAUUGCUUCAGCUGUGCACCGAAAAUACUUUGGCCGUUGCGAGCGCAGCACUGGGCAUUGAUUCGCUAUAUAGAUAAACAAAAGAAGCACAUUGAGGCAACAUGCCUUGGUGAAACUGAAAAGAAAACGCUCAUGGCACAAGAUCGCUCUACUUGCUGUCGUCUAGCCAAGUCUAAGUGUGGCAACAUGUCGGACUCUAUGGAGAGUUUGGAUUCUACGGCAUCACGUCGCAGUCACAAUAGCACCAGUGCAAAGAAGCAAUCAAAAUCGCCUGGUUCGCAUCCACAAACACCCGCUGCCAAGCGUAUGAAAACAUCAAAUGAUGAAGUCGUCUGCACUCCCGAUUUGUUGAGCAUGUUGGAGCCUGAUUGUCAAAUUACUGUACCACAGAAGACCCGCCCUUCUCCGUCGCCAAUGACGUCUACACCGAAGAUAAUAUCCUUGCAAUCCAAUGCACAGGCUCAAAAUAGUAGUGGCAUGACUCUAAAACCACAUAACAAUACACCACCGCCAUUGGUGUUGCGUAACACCGGCAUACCAAUGCGACAUCCUUCGCCUGCACCUGUGGUGCGGCGUACAAUUAUUGGUGCACGCAAUGCUACAUCGACUGGAAAUCAUACACCCGUUUAUCAUACCAUUAAUGGCUAUCGCAUCGAUUUGAAUUCAGCAGCCCAGCAAGAAACAUUCCGUUUACCAAAUGGCAAGCUAAUACAAGUGAAACGCCAGGGAACAAACAAUGUUCAGGCCGCCACUUCACCACAAGUGGGUAAUAACCCUUGGAUGCGCCAGGCAAGUCCAAUUGCGUCUAUACAGCACGCUGCAUCUGGUCGUCCUAUACAAAUAACCCCAGCUAGUUCACAUGCGACACAACACUACUAUACAGUGCAGCAGCAGCAGCAACAGCAUCAUCAGCAACAACAACAACAGCAGCAGCAGCAGCAGCAACAACAACAACAACAACAAAAUGCAAUGCACCACCCACAAAUGAUACGCUACAGCAAUACCACAGUUACACCAGUUGGUGGUCAAAAUGGCGCUGUCAGGGCCGCACAAAUACAGGUGAUUAAUGGCGUGCCAGUAGCACCUCACGUUGCACAAACAGCAGCACCAAAUGCAAAUGUCGCUACCACAGCUCGGGCGCCACUCAUGGUGCGUCAUGUCUUCCCUGACACGGCCUUCGGUCAAGCACGCACUCAGCUUCAAGAACAAGUAUUCAAUGCCAUGGAAAUUUGCCAACAUCUAACUGGCAAAGUGCAAACACUGACCAAUUCGAAUGCCUACAAGACGGCACGUAAUUACCUCGAAGUGAAGGAACUCUACAUCCAUCUUUCAUAUUUGUUAACCUACGCAAUUGGACGCUUCAAGGGCUUGCAGGAUAAAUGCUUAGCUGAUAUGCGGCAAUUGGGCUUCGUUAAAGAUGCCGAUAGUUUGGAUAAUGGGCAGUUGGCAGCAGGCGUCGACUAUGUCCGUUAUGGUCAACUUGAAGAUAUAGAUCUUUUCAAUACCAGCUCAAAUAGCUUCCAUAAUCAGGUAUAUGAGUAUCGCAAGAGUUUGUAUGCGAAUUUGGAGAAAGGAAAUGGUGACAGUAAGAAACCGCCUUUGUCUCCGCUAAUGCCGCUGGGUCAAAGUAGAUGCAAUGCUGAUGUCGAUGCUGGUGAAGACGACGAGGAGGAUUAUGGCGAUAUGAAUGAUGAGACAGGCGAAACCAGCUGGAUGAAAAACAACAAUGAUACAAGGGCUGUGGGUGAUAUGACACAAAUGGAGUCCACCUACAAAGAACCAGAGUCAUCAUAUUAUGAUAAUGAGACGACAUUCGAUGAAACUGCAAAUGAAGAUGUGGACGCGACGGCAGAAGUUGAUUUGGAGGAUGAGGAGCCCGACGCCGAUGUAGCUGAUGAUGGCGGUUUCGAACAGUAUGCCGCACAACAACCGUCACGUUACAGCAACAAGGCACAUUAUGGUACUGAGGAUUACAUGAGCCACGAAGAGCAAACACAUGCACGCGAUCGCAAAUUGGCGCGUCUCAUACAACAGUAUCCGGCUAUUUGGUGUACACGCCAUGCCGAUUAUGGCAACUUCGAAGUAACACGCAAGCACUGGCGCACCAUAGCAUCACAUUUCAAGCGCACCGAGAACAUUAAGUUGCGUUGGAAGAAUAUACGCAAGCGUUAUGUUCGAGUGGAGCGACGCGUACGCGAAGGCAAGCGCUUCAAUGGCUACUUUGACAAGACCACAAACUUUCUGGCCAAUCGCGAUUUGCCCGAAGAUCAGUGGGUCGAGGUGGAUUGCGGUAGUGAGGAUGGUGAUGGUUUCGAUCGCAAACAACUCGACGUGAUCGAAAAGAAACUACAUAAGGACGAGAAAUCACGAUUAUGGAACGAAAAUAAUGGUGGCGAUGCUGGUGACAAUUAUGGCAUACCAUCGGAAGAUAGUGAGAAACCAAUUGAAGUGCGAGCUUUGGAUAUGAAAAUCAUAAAUUUUGUCAAAUGUAAUCCGGUGUUGUGGCGUAAAUCCCCUGAUCCGCAAUAUAAUCACAUCGACGAACAAUCACGAAAGUCGCUUUGGGUACACUUGUGGAAAACAACGCGACUGCAAAAUCUAACUUGUGAAGAUAUAAUGGAUCGUUGGGCACAUCUUUACGAAAUGUAUAAGUCUUUUCGCUUAAAAACCAUCAAGGACGAAACAAAGAGGGCUAAUUUGGAAUUAAAAUAUUCAAAAUAUCUAGCCAAACUCUAUUUUCUAUACAAAAUUGUUGAGGAAGAUCUGCGCAAUGAGCAUUGCAAUAAUAUUGACAUUGAUUUAACGAAAGAUAUGCCCGAAAGUGAGCGGCGUAUGCAAGAUGAUCCGGAUGAUAAGGAGUUUAUGGUGCAACUGGUGCGUUGUGUGCAACAUUACAGCAUGCUGUGGGAUAAAUUGAAUAUAGACUACUAUGAUACAGUGUUGCGCUCAAAUAUUUGGCAAGAUAUUGCUAGUGAGUUAAAGGAUUUCAAACGUAAUGCUGAAACUAUUAAAAAGCGUUGGCAGCUUGCCCUCUUCAGCUAUCAGCGUUAUAGGCGCGAUCGUCGCACAUUCCCGAAGGAUAAACCAUUGCCAAAAUAUUGCCGAAAUUUACCAGUGGAUGAAAUGUUUUUCCUUGAUUGAAAAUACGUGAAAUAGAUCUCCUUUUAUUAAGAAAAAA